GUGCUGUUCCACGAUGAGCCAACCGCAGUCGCCUCCUACAGACCUUGAAACUGUCCUUACCACAGAAAUAAAGGAGUGGCACUUUCGUGAGUAAUGACUCUCAAGGGUCUCCAGUCUCGAUUUAUCAACCGCGGUCGUAAUGGCUGACAGUAACGUACCUCCCCAAGAUAUCUAUUUUCAUCAGAAAAAUUCAGCGGAGCACCACGAAGCCUUGAUAUUGCGAGAUGCUGUUUUAAAGUUGAGGCGGAAUGGCGCGUUCGUGGCGGUUCCUCUUUUUCGGGUGAAUAUUGAACCAAUGGGUCCGCAUCCUAUCGGUUCAUACGAGAUUUGGGCUCCUGCCGAGACAUUCUCUUCCGUUUUCUCAUAUCUUUGCAUGAACAGAGGAAAUUUGAGUAUUCUCGUCCACCCUCUGACAGAGCAUGCUCGAGCAGAUCACGAAAUCCACAGCGCCUGGAUUGGUCCCCCAAUCCCGUUAGAUCUUUCCACAUUACCGGUGCGGGAGGAUAAAAUCCCGUUGCAAUAUCCAAGUCUUAAACUUGGGUAUUCCGCAUCACGCGCCUUAUCAAUCGAGGACCGUCAGCGACUGGGUGCGAAUGUAGAGAACACUCUGUUGAAACAUGAGCCAGAAGCAGCCAGGGCGCCGACUAAUUGAUUAGGAAUCGUAUCUGUGGUUCGCAAUGCAUGUAUGCAUGCCCGAGGAAUGGAAAGCGGUUUGAUAGCUAUUUAUUACUCUCACU